GAAUCACUACUGACUGGUCCAUGUUGGAAAUCCCAAGCCAUUCAUACAUCUCAUGCUACAAAGUCAGCGGUUAUUCUCUACUGGUGGGAUCCAAUUGAGUGCAUUUCCAGUUUAUUCAAUCACCCACUAUUUCACAACCAUAUAGACUUUACAUCUUGCAAGGUUUGUACUAUGGUGCAGAAAUGGUCCCGGGUGUACACUGAAUGGAUGACAGCUGACCAUGCUUGGGAAAUGCAGUCAGCACUACCUCAUGGUGCAACACUCCUUGGUACUAUUUUGUCUUUGGACAAGACAUGUAUCACUGCAUUGACAGGUGAUUGUGUUGCACAUCCACUCCUUCUCAGCAUCACCAACAUUCACAUGAACACAUGGUUAAAAUCAUCCUUAAACACUUUCGUACUUACUGUGCUGUUACCUGUCCCUAAAUUCAUUCACAAAGAGAAAUGCAUGAAGGGCUUGUUACAGGAUCAGCUUGUUCAUCAGUGCCUGGACGUUGUAUUAGAACUGCUGAAGGUGGCUACUCAAGAGGGCAUCAUGUUGUCAGAUCCUACUGGACGCAGUUGUUACUGCUUUACCCCACUUGCAAGUUAUAUCACUGAUACCCCUGAAGCCAUUAUGCUGGCAUGUGUUGGUAGAAAGAUGUCUCCUGUUACAAUGGCCAUAUACAAACAAUUUGGAGAUGCAUUCUAA